AUGGACUCUUCCCCAUCACAGAGCGAAGGCAGUGACUUUCGAGAUGACGCCGAACACUUGAGGACAUCUGAGACAAAUGGGAGUAUCUCUGAAACCCCAGAAUCUUCAGGUCUUCUUAAUGGGUCAAGUCAGUCAACCCAGAUCAUGUUAGAGUUACAGCACGAUGGGCGCUCUGCUGAAGCUGUGGAGCUCCAGCACGAUCCAACAUCCUGCAGCCCUGCCAACGGUCAUCCCUCUGAGAUUGUACAGGAGCAAGGGACCUGUACGGAGGAGAUAGCAGAGACACAGCUGUGUGAAUCUAACUGCUUCUCUAGGCAGAAGUUGCAGCAGACCAAGUCUCCCUCAAAGCAGUCCGGCAGCUCUGUGGAUCAGGAUGAAAGGCCUACUAGGACUAACCCACCAACCUGUUCCCACUUACUGAAUGACACCGCAGAUUCUCCCACCUGGGAGAGGUGUGCAAUGCCUUCUGGUCUAGCUCAGGUAGAACUCUCCCCUUGUGUGAGCCAGGCGCAAAGUCUGGAGGUCAACACAGCUCUUGUGCAUGGAUGGUCUGUGGAUGACACCAGCAGCAUGUCCUCUGAUGACGAUCUGAUGGAUGAGGUGUUUGCACCCUGUGGCGAGAUCAUGUGCGAGAUCCGGGACGUGGGGCGAUCCUGCCGGAGCUCUGCCCCUGAUGAAGUGGGACCAUCUGGGGAGGCGAUUGACUUGUUGAAGGCCUAUGAGCAGGAUGCCAUUGUCCUAGAUGUAAUUCAGGAUGACCCAGAGCUGUUUGGAGAUGUUCCAGAGGUACCAAAUGUGGUGCCAGUCAUGAAAAGUGGAAUCCCUUCAGUAUCCACAUUUAUCCAUCCAAUGAAGAUGUACACUAUGAAGAACAACCAAAAGAUCAUAUGGGAUACUGCGAAGUUAAGUGCAACUGGAAGAGACAACCUUGGACAGCAAGACGACAAAAAAGGAGUUGGUAGGAUCCUCUUGCCUGUUCAGAUAGAUGGUGAGAGACCCAUAUUAAAUGGCCAAGUAGGGGAAGGAGUUCACACAGAGAGCAGUGUUCCUGCCCAGAGUACAGCUGAGAGUGCACAGAGCAGUGAAUGGCUCUGGCCUGAUUUUGCGACCAGUGUCCAGGGAAAUGCCAGGCUGAACUCAGCAACAGCCGGUGCAUUUACCACUGAUGCUGGUUUGGAUGGUGACCCUAUGCAGACUCUUGUGACUAACGAUCUUUGUGCUCAGAGUGCUGUUUGGACUGCUAGAUCAUUCAGCAACCAGGGUGAGGGCAGUGAGAAGUACUGCAGAUAUUACUUCAGCGAACAGCACAUCUGUUUCAGGAAGUCAUGUUGGUACCGGCACCUGCCUGCAGAGGGUGAUGAGAAGUUCUGCAUGGCUGCUGUGCGAAGGCUCUGCAGUGGUCAGCCCUGUCAUUUACACCGGGCAGCUACGGUGUUUACCGAGUACUAUCAGCAGUGUGCUCCUGGAGUCCAUUUUGAAACGCACACCCUGAAAUCACUCCUGUCAGCUUUGUUCAGUCAGGGAAUUGUGAAAGAUGUGCUUUCUGUGCUGAGAGUAAUGACAUACCACCAGAUACUGCCACCAGUAGAGUUCAUCUUGUCUCUGUUUGAGCGUGUGAGUGUGUGGGGUCUUCAAAUAGCAGUCUCAGACCUCAUAGAUUUGACCGGCAAGUGUGUGGAAGCGGGUCUGGUGUUGACCACUGAGAACUUUGAGUACAUGCAACACCGUCUGGAGCUCCUGCAAGCGACCAGCAGCCAGAUGGAAGUUUUCAUGACAGUUAAAUAUAGAGCUUUGGAGACUGCUGUAACCUGGAAGCCAGAGGUUGGGCAUCUGCCCAUAGCGCUUGCAGAGGUAGAGUGCUGUAAAGAGCAGCAGGACUGGUCCAAGCUGGGGGCCUUGUUCAGCUCUAUGUGCACGUCCAAAGCCAGCCUGGCCGAACUGAACCAUCUGAGUGGGAGCAUCGCCAUGGCACUCCUCAUGGACACCCCUCUCACCUCCCCAUUUCCCUUCUGUCAGUUUCUGGAAGCUGUUUGUCAAGGAGCCUCUCUUGGUGGUUUGGUCAAAAGCUUACUUGGGCGCAUUGGCGUUUCUUUGAUGUUGAGAUAUUACAAAACACAGCAAUGGACAAAGGGGAAGAAGCUGCUGGACGCCCUGAAUGCUUUGAAGGUUAAUUACUCGACGUUCAAGGGCCUGAUUGCAGGAGAGAGCAGCGUGUCACGGUGCCGGAUAAUAAGCAUGGCUGCCGAGGUGUUUCUGAGUUGUGGGAGCAUGGAGAACGCACUCCGUGUGCUUAAAGAUAACGAGUGGAUCCUCAGGUCCCUGUUGUGGCAGUGUGAAGAGGCGGACAUCGCACACCGUCAGAGUGUGCUGUGCCGUCUGGCAGAGUGCACCACCCAGAAGAACAUGUUUACGGAGACACUGGAGAUCUUGACCAAUUUGCCUGAUUUGGCUGAUGUUCCGGAUGGUACAGAUGCAGUAGAUCCCUCCCAGUACAGUAUCUUUCACUGGCAUCUCAAGGCCUGCUUGGAGAAACAGAAUUUGAUUGUUGGUUCAAACAUAGUGGAAGUCAUGUUUACAAAGAAGAUUGAAGUGGAUGUGUGUCUUCUACGAUCACUCGUACACAAGCUUGGAAAGCAAAAUUCUUGGCAAAAGGCACGCUCUCUCUACAAAAGUGCACUAUCUGUGGGAUGUUACCCACAGACCCAGAUGAACAAGUACUGCAGAAUUCUUCCCGUCCCACACUCUCUGAGUGAAAUCGAGAUGACGCUCGCCCUCGAAAUGUUCAUGGUGUCCAACGCCAGUGACAUCCAGAAUCCAGGUUUCUUCCCCCAUGCCCUUCAGAUUGUGUUAAAGGGGAAAGGGGGCACUGAGCUGGUGAGUGAGACUGACCACCAUGCGGCCAUUAGCCGCCUCUUGUCUGCAGCCCAGACUGCAAACCCCAAACUGGUGAUCAAAUAUGCUACUGUCAGUGUGAAUAAGGAGCAAGUGUUCACCCUGGACUCCCUUUCUGCCUACAAGUGGCUCUCCCAGAACUUGAACUGGGCCUCCAAGGUCUGGCUGUCCUCAGACUCUAAACCAGAGACCGACUUCAGCCCCCAAGCUCUGUCUACUUAGAGAGGCCUACACAACUGUACAUCAUUCCUACAUUUACCAUGUGUAACAGGCAUGUUCUUCUCAGGAAAACUUUGGAGCACUUGUUUGAUUUCCUUUUUAAGGUUAAACCUUAGUUUGGCGCAAUUAACUGGAACUCCUCUGAACUUGGGCGAGGGUUCUGGCUCCAGUCAAUUUUUUCACAAUAUUGCAUCGUGUUUCCCUCCCGUCUCUCAGGUGAAUGCUCCACACCUGUUGGGUGGAUCUGCUUUUUUUUAUACACUAAAUCAACUAUGCUGCAGAAAUCUUGCUUCCAUUGUCAUGGCUUGACUUGAAGUGGGUUCAUAGUUAUAGUUGGAGAAAUAUUGCAUUUCAUUUUCAUUUUUUAUUUUAUUAUUUUUUUUUACUUAAUGUUAAGUAGAAGCAAUAUGUUAAUACUUGUAUUUUGUAAGUAGAGUGUAUGAUCGCACUUGGAAAUUACGUUUGGCCUUAAAUUGACGCAUUCAACAAUGGAUUUACCAUGUAAAUCUUAGUAUUCUAAUUACUGUACUUAAGAAUGGCAUUCUUGUGUUCUAUAUUCCUCAGAUAUAAAUCAUAAAAUCAAAUUUCAGUGCAGAUUCCGGUAUUACAGCUGGUAAUAUCUUUGCUUUAUCAGUAAUA